GAUAUUGCACUGCAACUAAUCUACCAGCCUGAGGGCUUCUAUCACUAUCACUGAGUAUCGAAAGACAGUGUUAAACCUCUUUGGGGGAAAGAGUUAACAAUGCCAGAGCCCACGAAGAAAUCUGGGUCUGCAUUUACAAAGAAACCAAAAAGUCUACAAGUAUGUGCUGGCAGCACAGCAGAAUUUACAGCAGAGACUGCCAAACCGGAGGUCAAGGUGAAAUGGCAAAAAGAUGGCAAGGACAUCCAAGCCAGUAACAAAUACAUCAUUAAACAAGAUCAGACCCUGCACACACUGAUCAUCAAUGAUGCUAGCAAGGAAGACGAUGUGGUCUACUCUGUGAUCAGCGGGACGUCCAAAGUCAAAUUUGAGAUGAAGAUUAAGGGCCAAGAUGGAAAAGAUGAGAAACCAAGCUCUAAACCAGAAGAAAAUAAUGAAAGUGUUCCUGCAAGUUCACCAUCCCCAGAGCCAAUAGGAGAGCUAAAGGAUGAAGCACCUUUUAGCACCUCUGAAAAGGAGGAAGAUGAAAUCGUUUCUGUUAUUACCCCACCACCUGCUGAAGAUAAAGAAGAUGAUCUUGCGACAAGCACCCCAUCGCCUCAGCCUCCAUCAGACGACAACCUUCCUGAAUCAGCUAAGGGAAGAAAAGACUCGGUGUGGUCUCUUGGAGAAGCUCCUCCGGAUGACACUGACAAACCUGAGGAUACGCCGCGCUCCACCCUGUUGAUUGAGAAGCCUCAGAGUGGCUCAGUGACUGUUGGUGGAGACAUUACUUUCAUAGCUAAAGUUGAAGCAAAUGACCUGCUUAAGAAACCUACCAUCAAGUGGUUUAAAGGUAAAUGGAUGGACCUUGCCAGCAAAACAGGGAAGCAUCUCCAGCUGAAAGAAACAUUUGACCGUUUAACAAAGGUGCACACAUAUGAGAUGAGAAUUAUCAAAGCCAAGGACAACUAUGCUGGGAAUUAUCGUUGUGAAGUAAAUUACAAGGAUAAGUUUGAUAGCUGCUCUUUUGACCUGGAAGUAAAAGAGGUUCCGGAAGUUUCACCUUCUAUUGACAUCAGAUCAGCCUUUAAAAGAAGCGGAGAAGGACAAGAAGAUGCAGGAGAGCUUGACUUUAGUGGUCUCCUUAAGCAUAGGGAGGUUAAGCAAGAGGAAACUGUACCGGAGGAAGAUGUGUGGGAGAUACUCAAGAAUGCUCCGCCACAAGAGUUUGAAAGGAUAGCUUUUGAAUAUGGUAUCACUGACCUGAGGGGCAUGCUGAAAAGACUGAAGCGCAUGAAACGAGAGGAGAAGAAGAGUGAAGCCUUUGCCAAGAAGUUGGAAUCUGCUUACCAAACUGAUAAAGGAGGGAAAAUAAAGUUUGUAGUAGAACUGGCAGACCCUACAGUGGAACUGAAAUGGUAUAAAAAUGGUCAGGAGAUCCGUCCCACUCCAAAGUACGUCUUUGAGCACAAGGGCAACCAGCGCAUUUUGGUCAUCAAUAACUGCACCAUGGCAGAUGAUGCAGCGUAUCAAGUGAUGGCUGGGGAUGAGAAAUGUUCUACCGAACUGUUUGUGAAAGAGUUGCCAGUUACAAUUACAAAGGAAUUGGAAGCUGUGAAAACGACAGUUAACGAAAGAAUUGAGCUUGACUGUGAAGUGUCAGAAGAAGGGGCUAAUGUUAAAUGGUUUAAGAAUGGAGUGGAGAUUCCCAGAGAAAUUCGCUCCAGGUUCAGGUUUAAGAGUGACGGCAUGAAACACACUCUGGUGAUUGAGGACGCCAUGAAAGAAGACACUGCAGUCUACUCAGCAAUGACUACAGGAGGGAAGUCGGAAGCCCAUGUACAAGUAGACCUUAAACCCCUGAAGGUUCUGCAGGAUCUGACUAACCAAACAGUGAGACUCGGACAACCCCUUGUCCUGCACUGUGAAAUAAAUCCAGCCAACAUACCUGGAAGAUGGUACAAAAACGCACAGCUAAUCCAAGGCACUGACCGUGUGAAGAUCACCCACAGAGGAAGGUCACACAAACUGGAAAUACAGAAUGCGGUUGUUGAUGACAUGGGGGACUAUACCUUUGUACCAGAGGGGUAUUCAAUUAGCCUGAAUGGUAAAGUUCAUGUGAUUGAUCCUCCAAAAAUUCACCUUGAUAGUCUUAACUACCCAGAAAACACUGUGACAGUAACAGCAGGGAACAAACUACGGCUGGAGAUUCCUGUUACAGGACAGCCUGCUCCGAAGGUUGUCUGGAUGAAAGGAGAGAGGGUGAUCCUUGACACUGGUAGCAGAGUACGGGCUGAAUCUUUCCCAGAUCACAGCACAUUUACUAUAGAUGUAGCUGAAAGGGAGGACACUGGGAUGUAUAAAAUUGUAUUGCAUAAUGAAGCUGGUGAAGACUCUGCUCAGAUCAAAAUAAAGGUAGUAGACAUCCCUGACCCUCCACAAGCACCUACUGUAACUGAGGUUGGCGGAGACUGGUGUUCAAUGAUUUGGGAAACCCCAUCGUAUGAUGGAGGCUCACCAAUUUUAGGAUAUUUCAUUGAGAGAAAGAAAAAGCAAAGCUCCAGAUGGAUGAGACUGAAUUUCGAUGUUUGCAAAGAGAUGGCUUUUGAACCAAAGAAGAUGAUUGAAGGCGUGCCUUAUGAAGUUCGUGUUUUUGCAGUGAAUGCCAUUGGCAUUUCCAAACCUAGUGAGCCCUCAAAGGCAUUUGUGCCACUGGCUGUAACUAGUGAACCAUCAAUGCUAGUAGUGGACGAGGUUACUGACUCUACAGUGACAAUGAAAUGGCGACCUCCAGAGCAUAUUGGAGCUGCAGGCCUGGAUGGCUAUGUCAUAGAGUAUUGCUUUGAAGGAAAGGAUGAAUGGAUAGUGUCCAAUCAAGAGUUGAUUGAGAAGACAAAAUAUACAAUCCCUGGUCUGCCAAGCGGGGAGAAGAUCUUUGUCAGGGUUAAAGCAAUCAACGCAGCAGGCGCCAGUGCACCCAGAAUGCAUCCACAUCCUAUUCUAGUGAAAGAAGUCGUUGAGCGGCCCAAGAUUCGUAUUCCAAGGCAUCUUCAUCAAACCUACAUUCGGAGGGUUGGAGAAGUAGUCAAUCUUGUUGUACCUUUCCAGGGCAAGCCAAGGCCCAAGGUGAGCUGGAUGACGAAUGGCCAGCCCUUGGACCCGACUCAGGUCAACAUCCGCAACAGCGAGACUGACAGCAUCCUAUUCAUCCGGAAAGCAGAUAGGAAGCACUCCGGGAAAUAUGAGCUGACUGUGAAGGUGGAGAACUAUGAAGACAAAGCUACAAUAGAUAUACAAGUAGUUGACCGACCUGGUCCACCUGAGGCUGUGAAAAUUAAAGACAUCUGGGGGGAGAAUGUUGCUUUGGAAUGGACUCCCCCCAAAGACAAUGGCAAUGCCGAAAUCAGUGGGUACACCAUUCAGAAAGCAGACAAAAAGACUAUGGAAUGGUUUACUAUAAUCGAACAUUACCACAGAAAAAGUAUUACAGUAUCUGAACUUGUCAUUGGGAACGAAUACUUUUUCCGGGUGUUUUCAGAGAACAUGUGCGGCCUUAGUGAGGAGGCUAGAGUGACUAAGGACAGCGCAAUGAUUGUAAAGGAAGGUUCGAAUUACAAGAACCCAGACUACCAGGAAUAUGACUUUACUGAGCCCCCGAAAUUCACCCAUCCCCUAGUGACCACCAUAGCUGUCGCAGGGUACAACGCCACACUGAACUGCAGUGUCCGGGCUAAUCCCAAGCCCAAAGUGAUAUGGAUGAAGAAUAAGAUGGUCAUCGAGAACGACCCCCGCUACAGAAUGUUCAGUAACCAGGGGGUCUGCACCCUGGAGAUCCGGAAGCCCUGUCCUUUUGACGGUGGCACAUACAGCUGCAAAGCCAUCAAUGACCUGGGUGAGGCCCAGGUAGAUUGCAAACUGGAGGUGAAAGUUGCGUAAGGAUUUGUGAGUGCAUGUGUUCAUCCAAGUACUUGUCCUCACACAACAGGGGGAGUGACGUUUUAUGAGCUACUGCACAAGGGGGUGCCUUUAAACCUAAUUAAUAACUUCCUGAACGAGAACAAAGGCUUUGAACCUCAGAAGGAGUGACUGCCUGCCGACUGCCGCACAGCACCGAGAUCCUCCACCCCUGCUUUUAAGAGCUAGUCGCCAGUAUUUACCUGCUCCUUCUCCCGCACCGUAGUGCCACUUGGAGGGUGUGGCAACAAAUGAGUGCCCUUCCUGAUGCAAACUUGGCAUGGAAUGAUAUAGACUGAAUAUAUUAGAGACCAGUGCAGAGAUUUAUCAUCUGCUGCUGCCUGCUUUUGCCUGUUUAAUUCUGGUACUUAUAGGCAAUAUGUAAACUAUGAUGCAUGACUCCUGGUGUUUUUGGCAAAUAGCUUGUUUUGAAACUAGAUUGGUAUGGUAGUGUGGAAAAUAAGUGUGAUGAUGGGACAGAGGCAAGUCAAAGUGCUGAUCUAAUCUCCAUGGAACUUUGUUAAUGUUCAUAAGACAUGUACAUCAGUUAAUAAACAGUGCAUAAAUAAAACAUUAUGAAACAAAAAAACUGUUUUCUUGUAUUACUGGUUUGGCUGUGCACACGAGGGAACCUUUACCCUUUGUCUCCAAUGUUUUAUUAUCUUGGUUGAUUACAUUUUGGAAUGCAGUUUAAAUACCUUGUCAGUUAUCUGGAUAAUUAGAGUGCAAUAGCCAGAACUGAUUGCCUGAGAACCAAGGUUAUAAAUGUAAUGCACACCUUGAAAUCAGUACUUUCAAGAACAUGGUUAGAGUAAACUUAUCAAAUAUACUGUAGGCAUGCAAAGAGUGGAAAAUACCCAGUGUUUCUUUUAGCAUCCACUGUAUGGUAUGUGCCAUAUAGGGCUUUAUGGAGUUGGUUGCCUUUACUGUCUCCACUGUAGCUGUAUACUGCAGUUGCAAUGGACUCUGGAUUACAUUUUCUAAAGUAAUUGUUGCUACAUCUACAAUCUAUAAUUGAAAGGAUCCCUCUGGCACUAAUGCUUGAAUUCUUUUCACCUAGUCCUUAUCACACAUGCCUCAUAGUUUAUAUACAGUGUCAGGAAAAUUAUUUGUAGAAACACUGGGCUCAUUCUGUAUAAUCUUGUACUGAAACAUGUUUAAUCAUCACAAGGGUUGUGAUGAUUUUUUUUUUUUUUUUUUAAAUGUUAUCAAACUCUUUUUUUGUUUGUUUGGUUGCAUUUCUAUUAUUGUUCUCUCCUGUUGCAUACUUGUAAAGUACAGUGGGUUUAUGAACUCAAAUACAUAAAGUACAGUAACUGAUGAUUAACUUAACUGACGAAAACAAUUGGUAAAUGUCACUUAUAUAACAAACAUGUUGUUACCCAAAGAAGGGUGGGGGUGCAAUUGUGGAAAAUGGGUUGGAAAUGCAGUUACUGUUAACUAAAAUGUUGCAUUAUGUGAAACCAAGACAACAAAAGAUCACAAUUAGUCAAAAAGCCUUUGAGGUAUUUUUUAAAUAGUUUAAGGCCCAUUGUACUGGACAAAGGCAAGAACAUUGUGUACAAUAUGCUAGAUACAAUGCUCUUUGUUCAAAUUAAUUCUGUAAAGUGGCCUAUUUCUUUAGUGAAUUGUUUGUCAUGUUAACGUCAGUACAAUUUUAGACAGAUUGUGACUUGAAAACGAAUGUGCAAAAACAGGGAAUGUCUGUGUUUGUACGGAUAUGGCAGUGAUGAUAAACAAUGAACUUAUCCUCCUUAAAUUUGUAUUUUCAGCAUAACAUUGUUCUCAUAACAUUUCAGCUCGGAGAAUCAGCAAUGAAUGAAUGAUUGCAAUUGCAGAUGAUUUAAUGAACUGCGAUGUGCACUUAGGACGCAAUGACUGUGAUUGGCGCUCAAGGCCCGAGUGAAAGUUAAAUUUGGUCGGAGUCCUCAUCCGUGGGUGCCCGACGGUUACCUGUGCGAGGCUGGCUGGAAAAACAUGAACAGUUACAUGCAUCCCAGUGCCACAGAUAGGAAGUGGUUUUGGGCCACCUCCCCCCAAAAAGAGACUGCCAAACCAUGAAUGGAAAUUAAUAAAUGAUUAACACACCCCACAGUGGCGCACUGCCACUUACCCCCAAAAUAUUGAAAAAUUAAUGAAAAUGAGCAGC